UCUUCCUCUACCUCUGCUGGGCCACCUGCGAUGUCGACGAAGUUCAGGUAGAACUCUAAGUUGCUGCUUCAUGUUUGGACGGCCAUUCUGUCUCAGUUAAAGCUGAUGGGAAGAACAUUUAUCAUGACUGACCAGACGCCGCUGCUUGCUGUUUGUCUGUCCGCUGGUCUGCUGUUGCUAGUGCUGCUGCUGAUUCUGACAAUGUGCUGCCUGAGGAGGAAGAAGAACAAGCAGGCUCAGUAUCAGGAGCUGAUCGGCACAGUGCCAUCGGUACCGGCCCACUCUGCUCCGGUGAUCCCUGUGUCUCAAGGCUUUUGUGCCAGGCAUUGUGAAAUCCCUUUCUCUUUACCUCCUCGCUGUAUUCCACAAAAUACUGCGGUUCUGAGAGAUGUUGAGAGCCAGGAGAAAGAAAAGGAGGGAGCGAUGAAGGUGGAUGCUCAGCGAGACAUUCUGGCUCACCGUGGGUCACUGUCAGUGAGAAGUUGGUACCCAGUGGGGUCGGUGCUGACAGGUCUGUACUCUAUGACCCCUCUGAACGAGGUGGCGGCCCCUCCUCUUGGCAUGGCCACUCGCCUCUGCUUCUCUGUAGAGUAUCGUCACAGCAGCGAGCAGCUCGUGGUCUCCUUGCUACGCCUCAGCAACCUCCUUCCCCGUUUCCACAGCAACAUGACGCUGGUGGAGCUGCGGCUUCUUCCCAAUGACCGGAGGCCCCGGCAGGCUAAGGCCCGGGGGACGGGGCCCGACCCAGAGUUUAACGACUGCUUGAUUUUCCAGGUAUCAGCAGUGUGUGUGUUGCGGAGCACCCUGAGUGUGUGUGUGCUGAGUGUGGAGAAAGACGGUAAACGGCACGCUGUGGGCAGAGUGUUGUUUCCCCUGGAAGGGGAACUUGGUCAGGCCGGCAGAGUUCUGUGGAGAGACCUUGAUCCCGAGGAGGAGACGCAGUGUUCAGAGCUGGGUGAUGUGCAGAUAUCCCUUAGCUACAGUUCAUCCUUGCAGCGGCUCUCGCUGGUGGUCCUGGGAGCUCGAGGCCUUCAGCUGCUCACAGAUGCAGGUGUGUGUGUCCAGGUGAGCUUGCAGAUACACACUCAGAUGGUGAAGACGAAGCGUAGCUGUGUGGUGAAAGGCGAACAGGAUCCCAUCUUUAACUACAGGAUGACUUUUAAACUCCGACCGCAGCACCUGGAUGAUGCCUGUUUAAGAUUUGAGCUGCAGCAUCCAAACGACAACCGCUCAGAACCUCCAGCCCUGCUGGGAGUGCUGGUGUUGGGUCCCUUCAUGUACGCCAGAGGUCUUCAGCUGCAACACUGGAUGGACAUGAUCAACAAGGCACAAGAGCCGGUCAGAAUGUGGCACAGAUUGGGCCGGGCAAUAUAAAUCCCAACAUAACAUUCAGAGGCUAAAGGGGAGGAAAACAAACUUCAAAUAUUUGUUUAUCUUAGACUCAAGUCCAGUCUCCAAGAGCUAAUAUUAGUGACGGUGUGCUUAAAGCUGAAGCUCCGGCGCAUGUGUCGCAAAAAGCAACAUAGUGCUUUGUAAGUGUUGUGUUAAAGCUUGAUUUGGUUGGCCACUCAGUGAGGGUUCAAGGUCUAUAUGGAAGAAUCAUGGUAUUGGUAGUUUGACACUUGGUUCAACACAUCAAAAAGAAGUGAAUCAUUUUUCGGACUAUGUAUUCUGGAGCUUUGGCGUAAAUUAAAGCUGCUCCUCAUACUUUUUGCCACCAGAUGUCACUGAAGAGGUGAAAAACUUUGAGUAAUUGACUUUUUUCCCCAACAGAAUCGUCAGAAAGCUUAAUUUGUUAGCGAGCCAUUCAACUGAUUCACGUGUGUCUUGGACAAGGGUUUGCAUCUAAAUGUAUCAGGAUUGCAGCUGUCAACAACUGUGCUGAAAAAAAAUUAAGGAUUUGCAAUUUUCAGUUUUUUUAGAUAAAUUACCAGACUCUGUAGUUUAACUGUUCUAGUUUGUCCCUCCAUUUGACCUUCAGUCCCAGACACCAAUAACAUCAUCAGAAGUUGACAUUAAUUAGAGUUGGAGAUGAAAAUUAAGACCUUAAUUGA